AUGGCAGAAAUGAGUGUGGUAUCUUUAAAUGUUAAUGCACUUAGAGAUCAUCGGAAACGUCGCCUGCUGUUUGACUUUUUAAAGUAUGAAAAAUUUGAUGUUAUAUUUCUUCAAGAAACGCAUAUUGCAACAGUUGAAGAUUGUGUAAAAUGGAACAAAGUGUCGGGACUGAAAGGGUAUUGGAGUCUUGGCUUGUCAAAUAGUUGUGGUAUAUACAAAGCUAGUAGCAAUGUUGGUCCCAGUGUGUGGAAGUUAAAUGUCUCAUUAUUACAAGAAGUUUGUGAGCAAAUUGCUUCAUGUUGGGAACAUUGGAAAGAUCGGAAAAGUGAUUUUGGUAAUGUAGCAGAAUGGUGGGAUUCUGGCAAGUUGAGAGUUAAAUCUCUUCUUCUCAAAUAUAGUCACAAGGAAUUUCGAAAGCGCAAGCAAGAACGUGCGACCAUACUUAAUCACUAUCGUCGUAUUGUGUGUAAAACAAUCGGAGGAUGA